AUGGCUGGUGAUCCAUUCUUAUCCGAUCCAAAGUCGAGAAAAAAGAGAACAAGAAACAAUAGAAAUACAUCUACUACAACUAAAUCUAAUAAGAAAUCAAAACCUACAGCUGAAGAACUUGCUGAUGAAGAAAUCUCUGGUAUAAGUGAUAGUGAUGAUGAACAAGGAAAUGUUUCAUAUGACGACGCUAAGGAAAAUCCAGAAGAUGAUAGUGAAGAUGUGGAUAGUGAAGAAGAAUUUGGUCAAGAAAGUGCAGCAGAUAAACGUCGUCGUUUAGCUAAACAAUAUCUUGAUAACUUAAAACAGGAAACUGAAGAUUAUGAAUUUGAUGCGCAAGAUUUAGAUAAUGAUAUUAUUGCUAAAAGAUUGAGAGAAGAUGUUGCUGAAACCAAAGGUCAUGUCUACAGAUUCAUCGCCGAUAAUUUGUUACUUUCUGAUAUCAAACCAACAAUAACAAGAGUGGGAUCAAAAGCUUUAACUGGUCUUUCAGUACGAUUCCCAAACGCAUACACAGUUUCUAAAGAUAUGGAGCUAAUUAAAUGGGAUAUCAAAGAUUUCAAAAGAAAACCACAAAGAGUUAAACAUACAAGAGGUGGUAAAAGAUUUACAGAAAUUUCAAAUGAACCAAAAAACAAUGGACACUGUGAUGAAAUUUUAACAGUAGCAGCAAGUCCUGAUGGGAAGUAUGUCGUUACAGGUGGUAGAGAUAAAAGAUUAAUGGUUUGGAGUACAGAAUCAUUAGCUCCAUUAAGAGCUUUAGAUACCCGUGAUCGUCGUGGUGAAGUUUUAGGUUUAACUUUCCGUAGAGGAUCUGAUCAAUUAUAUGCUUCAUGUGCUGAUUUAAAAGUCAGAAGUUAUAGUAUCAAUCAAUUUGCUCAACUAGAAAUCUUAUAUGGUCAUCAAGAUCAUGUUGUUGAUAUUUCAGCAUUGGGACAAGAACGUUGUGUUACUGUUGGUUCUAGAGAUCGUACAGCAAUGUUAUGGAAAAUUGCAGAUGAAACCAGAUUAACAUUUAGAGGUGGUGAAUUUGAAAAAAAGAAGAAAAAGAAGAAGGAUGGUGAAGAUGAUUUAAUGGAUAUAGACGAUGAAAAAUUUUACUCAGAAGGUAGUAUAGAUUGUGUUUCUAUGAUUGAUGAUUCACAUUUUGUUACAGGCUCUGAUAAUGGUAGUAUAUCAUUGUGGUCAUUAGCUAAAAAGAAGCCAUUACAUAUACAGCAUUUAGCUCAUGGAGUCUUACCAGAGUUUACAUCAGAACAAGCAUCAGCUGAAAGUGAUGCUCAAAAAAGAGAUUUACAAAUACCUGAAGCACAACCAUACUGGAUCACAUCAAUUCAUGCAAUCCCAUAUUCUAAUGUCUUCAUAUCGGGUUCAUGGAAUGGUAAAUUGAAAGUAUGGAAAUUAGAUGAAAAAUUAAGAUCAUUUUCUUUAUUAGGUGAAUUGCCAAAUGCCCGUGGGGUUGUUACAAGAAUUGAUGUUGCAGAAUAUGGUAAUAACAAUCAAGAAAGCUUUAGAGUCAUUGCAGCAUUAUCAAAAGAGCAUAGAUUAGGUCGCUGGAUAGAUGCCGGAUCUGGAGCUCGUAAUAGUAUAUAUUCUGUUGUUAUUGAUCAACAGAUUCUUAAAAAUUGA